AUACAUUUUGCUAGUGUUUCCGGUUCACUGUUGUUGGAUUGCGUUUGUGUGGAGUUGUAACUGGAUAUAGCUUUCCCCUAAAUAUUUAUUUUCUGUUAUUUUCUCGCAUUCUUGCUCAGUCAACCCUAUGCUAUGCCGUACGCAAAUCAGCCGACGGUGAAAAUCACGGAGCUGACGGACGAGAAUGUUAAAUUUGUGAUAGAGAACACCGACUUGGCGGUGGCGAAUUCCAUCCGGCGCGUCUUCAUGUCAGAAGUGGCAACAAUUGCGAUAGACUGGAUUCAGAUCGACGCAAAUUCCUCAGUCCUCCACGAUGAGUUCAUCGCUCACAGAGUCGGUCUGGUCCCUUUAACCAGCGAUGACAUCGUUGACAAGAUGCAGUAUUCCAGGGACUGCACGUGUGAUGAUUUCUGUCCAGAAUGUUCUGUGGAACUGACGCUGGAUGUUCGCUGCACUGAAGACCAGACGCGUCACGUGACUUCCCGAGAUCUCCUGUCCAACAACCCCCGAGUCAUCCCUGUUACCUCCAGGAGUCGGGACAACGACCCCAAUGACUAUGUGGAACAGGACGACAUCUUGCUGGUGAAGCUGCGUAAGGGGCAGGAGCUGCGUCUCCGAGCGUACGCCAAGAAGGGCUUCGGCAAGGAGCACGCCAAGUGGAACCCCACCGCGGGGGUGUCCUUCGAGUACGACCCCGACAACGCCCUCCGACACACGGUCUACCCCCGCCCGGAGGAAUGGCCGAAGAGCGAGUACUCGGAGAUCGAGGAAGACGAGGUGCAGGCGCCCUACGACCCCAACGGCAAGCCAGAGAGGUUCUAUUACAACGUGGAGUCGUGCGGCUCGCUGCGGCCUGAGACCAUCGUCAUGUCGGCGCUGGCCGUGCUCAAGAAGAAGCUGAGCGACCUGCAGACCCAGCUGAGCCACGAGAUCCAGAGCGACGUGCUCACCAUCAACUGAGCCAGCACUGACCCAGUACUGACACAGCUCCUACACCAUCUACACCGUCAACUGAGCCAGUACUGACACAGCUCCUACACCACCAACUGAGCCAGUACUGACACACAGCUCCUACAUCAUCAACUGAGCCAGUACUGACACACAGCUCCUACACCACCAACUGAGCCAGUACUGACACACAGCUCCUACAUCAUCAACUGAGCCAGUACUGACACACAGCUCCUACACCAUCAACUGAGCCAGCACUGACCCAGUGCUGACACACAGCUCUUAUACCAUCUACACCAUCAACUGAGCCAGCACUGACCCAGUACUGACACACAGCUCCUACACCAUCAACUGAGCCAGCACUGACCCAGUACUGACAUGCAGCUCCUACACCAUCAACUGAGCUGUGACCCAAUACUGUCUUACUUUUCACGCCCUCACUGGCCUCCCUGUCCUGAUGUACUGAGAUGCAGGUCAAUCAGAUGUUCUCGUGUGGAUUAUUUGGACGGUUAAUCCUACUCUCUCAUCAUAUCAGCUUGUUUAAAGUGCUCAGUGAAGCUCAGCAGCCUUAAUCCAGAAACACUCCUGUUUUAAGUGCUGAGGCACUCGCAUGCGUUUGGACAAUGGCAGGGCCGCCCAAAAAUUAAACCAAGCUCACCUCAUACCAUCACCGACCAUCCUUUAGUUUCACCUAAUGCCAUUGUGCUGUUCAGCCAAUGGAAGCCUGGUUGGUGCGUUCUCGCGGUGGGGCUGGGAGAUCAGUAGAAAGGUGGAUUUUUUUUCCUGUACAUUAUUUGAACUGUUUGAAUGAUUCAAUCUGGUUUAGAAAAUGAGAUCUGGUUAUGUACCCCCUGUUUUAUACAAAAUAAAAGUGUUUGUCCUGUUAAA